UAAACAGCUAAUGGCAACGCAGUGUUUCAUCCAAAGAGAAUUUGUCUGUGGUGUCGACGGUUUCAUUGAAACUGAGAAUCGGCAUAUUGCGAUACAACAUUUUGUUAAACAAAAACUAUUUGUGUAAUUUUUUUGCAUAACACAAGAUGGCUGAUGAUGCACCAGGAAUGGAUGUUGAUGAGGAAGAAGUAGAACAGCCUUCAUCUUCUAAUGUAAAAGGAGAUCGUAAACGUUUUGAAGUGAAGAAGUGGAAUGCUGUUGCUUUGUGGGCUUGGGAUAUUGUUGUUGACAACUGUGCUAUUUGCCGAAACCACAUUAUGGACCUCUGCAUUGAAUGUCAGGCCAAUCAAGCAUCAGCAACUAGUGAGGAAUGCACUGUAGCUUGGGGUGUCUGCAAUCAUGCCUUUCACUUCCAUUGCAUUUCCCGUUGGCUCAAGACUCGCCAAGUAUGUCCUUUGGACAAUCGCGAAUGGGAAUUCCAGAAAUAUGGACAUUAAAAGUAUGUCCAUUUUGCAGCAAACUUUUUUUAAAAAUUAUUAUUACCGAAUUUCAUCGAUUGAAUCUGUCACCUGUCAAUCUUUUUGUGCUUUCGUUGAAUUACAAAGGAAAAACUUGAACAAA